AAGCCCCAUUCCGUCAGAGCGCGGGUUGCCUUCACAUCUUGAAAAAUCCCCCAUUAAAGGGUUCUUUUGCACCAAUGGUCUGCGUCUCACUGCAUGACUUUAAUGUGCUUUGGGGUAAAAUCCAGCAUGAGCAUCUGGCAACCAUUUAGACGCAUUGAGAGCGAGUUGGUAGAGAAAUCCUGGAAUACCGAAUGCUGAAAACUGGUUUUGUAUAAUAAAGAUAAACUGCAAUAGACAUUGACUUUUGAUUUAGAUAUAAUUUACAUUAUUGUGUUGAAUAGAAUUUCUCAUAAUGUGCAUUAGUCACAGACUAUAAUGGCCUGAUUUCAGUCACACUCUUUCUUAAGACACAUCUGCGGUUAAGCAUUCUUAGGUUGUACUGCACAUUUUUUGAAUAAGCAAGCAAAAUGGAGCACUCUUUUAAAGACGGAAUUCGGACUAAUAAUGUCCAGGGACUAUGAAGAGCCUGGUCAGUCUGUAGGGAUGUUGGCUGCGGUGGAACAUGGUCCGGUCCUCUGCAGUGACUCCAACAUCCUCUGCCUCUCAUGGAAAGGGCGAGUUCCCAAGAGUGAGAAGGAGAAGCCGGUGUGCAGGAGGCGCUACUAUGAGGAGGGCUGGCUUGCCACUGGAAACGCCAGGGGUGUUGUGGGCGUGACAUUCACGUCUAGUCACUGCAGAAGGGACAGAAAUACCCCACAAAGAAUCAACUUCAAUUUACGGGGUCAUAACAGUGAGGUUGUCCUUGUUAGGUGGAAUGAACCAUUUCAGAAGCUUGCAACGUGUGACAUGGAGGGAGGGAUAUUUGUGUGGAUCCAGUAUGAAGGAAGAUGGUCUGUAGAGCUGGUGAAUGACAGAGGUGCUCAGGUGAGUGACUUCACUUGGUCACAUGAUGGUACACAGGCCUUGAUCGCCUACAGGGAUGGUUUUGUCCUGGUGGGCUCAGUCAGCGGUCAGAGACACUGGUCAUCUGAGAUCAAUUUGGAGAGCCAGAUCACCUGUGGAAUCUGGACCCCUGAUGACCAGCAGGUGCUUUUUGGAACAGCAGACGGGCAAGUCAUAGUUAUGGACUGCCACGGCCGUAUGCUUGCCCAUGUUCUGCUGCAUGAGUCAGAUGGCAUAGUCAGCAUGUCCUGGAACUGCCCGAACUUCCUGGUGGAGGACAGCACUGAGAGCGACACAGACUCUGAUGACUCUACUCCAGCUCAAGUGCAAAAUCUCAAACCACUGCUAACGGUCAGCUUCAUAUCGGGAGACAUUAGUUUGAUGAACAACUAUGAUGACCUCUCACCUAACAUUAUACGCUCAGGACUGAAAGAUGUGGAGGUACAGUGGUGCUCUCAGGGAGACCUGCUGGCAGUGGCCGGGAUGGAGAGACACGGCCUACCUGCUGACUCAGCCUGUGCCUCCUUAAUGAGGAAUGCCCUUGUCAAGUUUUACAAUGUCCAGGGGGAACAUAUAUACACUUUAGAAACUCCAGCCCAAAGGCCCAUUACCACUAUUUGCUGGGGUCACAGGGACUCCCGGCUGUUUCUGGCGUGUGGACCAGCCCUGUAUGUAGUGCGUGUGGAGCACCGUGUGGCCAGCCUGCAGCUUCUGUGUCAGCAGGGCAUUGCCAGUGCUCUUAAAGAGGAGCGAGAUGUGGGGAAACUGAACAUGCCUUCACUCCUCUGUUCCUACGUUACCACUGCAUUCAUUCCAACUAUCAAGCCCCCCAUCCCUGAUCCGAACAACAUUAGAGACUUUGUGAGCUAUCCCACAGCAGGGAAUGAACGGCUGCACUGCACUAUGAAACGUUCAGAGGAGAACCCAGAGGCAGGAGGCCCCUGUUACACCCUCUAUCUGGAACACCUGGGAGGUCUGGUGCCUAUUCUCAAGGGCCGUCGCAUUAGCAAACUGCGACCAGAGUUUGUCAUUAUGGACCCAAAAAUGGAUGGUAAAGCAGAUGAGGUCUGUGUAAAUGGCAUGAUCUCCUAUAUGACUGACAGCUGUAAUUGCUCAGACUCAAGCGAUAUUGAGUUGAGUGAUGAGUGGGUUGGGCGAAAGUCGCCAAAACUUUCCAGAGGAAACAGGUCUCCUAAGCUUCCUAGGUACUCUAAACAUAUAAGAAUUAAUAUGGAAUCAAGAAAGUCUCCCAAACUUGCCCAAACAUCUCAAGAAAUGUCUAGGUCUCCUAGAUUACCAAAGAAGGCUGCAGUUCGGUCUCCAAGUCUUACUCGAAGGGAAUUUUCAGUUGAUGGCUUUAGUGAGCAUAAUUACUUAGCCCAGGUCACCUCUAACAUCUGGGGAACAAAGUUUAAGAUUGUGGGCCUAGCUUCCUUUUUGCCAGCUAACUUAGGAGCAGUUAUUUAUAAAACUAGUUUGCUGCACCUGCAACCUCGUCAGAUGACCAUCUAUUUGCCUGAGGUGCGUAAAAUUUCCUUGGACUUCAUGAGCCUCCCAGUCUUCAAUCCCAAUGUGUUCAGUGAAGAUGAAGAUGAUUUACCUGUGAUGGGACCUUCUGGAGUGUCAGCCGACAAUCCUCCUUGCACAGUUAAUAUUCCCAUUGCUCCAAUUCACAGCCCUGCGCAAGCCAUGUCACCUACACAGAGUAUAGGCCUUGUCCAGUCUCUCCUAGCCAAUCAGAAUAUUCAGCUUGAUGUCCUCACCAAUCCCACAGCUACUGCAGCAGCGGCAGCUGCAGCGGCAGCCGCAACAGCUGCAGCAGCUAAUGCAACAGUGUCAGAGCAUAGUCAGGACACUGUGACCGCACAGUACACUGUGCCAACCAGAUACUCUAACCCUGGACAGGUGAUAUUCAGCGGACUGGAAAUGAGUAACAUCCUGAGUGGAACUCUUCCUCCUCCUCCACAUCAUCUGCCACAACAACCCCACCAACAACGUCAGCAACAACAGCAACAACAAGACCAUCAACAAUCAAAGCAUCAACAGCAAUUACAACCACAGCAGCAUCAUCUGAAAUUGCAACAUCAGUCACAACAACUGCAUCAACAGUCGCUGCAGCAGCAACAUAUCCAGCAUCAGCAGCAAUUGCAAACACAGCAGCAUCAACAACAGCUUCAACAGCAACAUCAACAACAACUUCAACAGCAGCAUCAACAACAACUUCAACAGCAGCAUCAACAACAACUGCAACAGCAGCAUCAACAACAACUGCAACAGCAGCAUCAACAACAACUGCAACAGCAGCAUCAACAACAGCUGCAACAGCAACAUCAACAACUACAACAGCAACAUCAACAGCAGUUGCAACAACAUCAGCAGCAAUUGCAUCAGCAGCAAAUGCAACAACAGCAACUGCAACAGCAGCAGCAACAAAUUCAGCAGCAAGUGCAGCAGCAUCAACAACAAAUUCAUCAACAGCAUCAACAACAAAUCCAUCAACAGCAUCAACAACAAUUCCAACAGCAGCAGCACCAGUUGCAGCUGCAGCAUGAGCAAAUGCAGCAACAGCAACAACAGAUGCAACAACAGCAGCAACAAAUUCGACAGCAAAUUCAGGAGAUGAGGCAGCAGCAGCAACAGCUUCAACAACAACAUCAACAAAUACAGCUGCAGCAUCAACAAAUGCAAAGACAGCAUCAGCAAAUGCAACAGCAACUCAAAAUGCAAAUGACACUCCAGCCUCCACCUUCAGGGUAUGCUACUCUGUCCAUCCAUCAAUUACAGCUGAUGCCUCAAAUUCCUCAUCCAGACCAGCCACCAGAUAGAGGAGAACAAGUGCUUCCUCUGAAGGUUCCCUCACGACCACAGUCAUUUAUUGAAACUGACACUCUUGAGGUCCAGAUGCGCAAGGUAAACCCUCCACCACCUUACCCAGGUACAGUGGUAUCUGCUGCAGCCGCCGCACCCACUACGGCACCUCCAGGUCUUCUUGUUAGUAAUGAGAAUGGCACUACGCUGACAACAGAUCCAUGUUUAACUAAGGACGAAUUCUCUCUUCAUCCAAUUGGGCUCCAGUAUCCAACUCCAUUAGGCUAUGAAAGAAUCACCACGUUUGACAGCAGCGGAAAUGUCGAAGAGGUGUGUCGCCCAAGGAGACGCCUGUUAAGGAACCAAAAUGCCUAUGGGAUUCAAGGAAUGGGUAGCUCCGCCACGUUGAAAGUAACUUCAUCUGAGAACAAGAAAGUCCAGUUGCCAUACAGCUCAGCAACUCUGAGUCGCCUCUCAGUGCCUAGAUAUUCUAUACCAAGCGGAGACCCACCACCAUAUCCAGACACAUCAAACCAGAUGAACACAAUCAGAAGUCCUACACAGAGGAUUGACAGCAGUUUGAUUCAUGCCACUUUGCGUCGGGAUAGAAGGGAACUGACCCUGAAGGUUUCUCAAAUGGUGGACACAGUGAGGACUCUACCAACAAAAUCCAAAAUGAAUGGUUCUCUUACGCUCUCCUAUCAGCCAAGGAUACCCACAGCUUUGUAUACUUGCACUCAGUGUAGCAGUAACAGCAGCAGCACUAGUGUAAGUGUCACCGGUGGUGGCACCAACAGCAGUGGAAUUGCUGGAGGAACUGUGGUGAGGCAAGACUUCCCACCUGGCAAAGGGGCCCAACACAGCACUAUAAUUGUGCACUCCAAAAGUGCUUCACCAUUAGCUUCCCAGUCCUCCUAUAACCUCCUAAGUCCCAUUGACAACAGUAGAGACAGAACUGUCUAUGUGAACUCUGCCUUUACGGAAGACGAGACACUUAGUCAGCAGUGCCAUCUUGAAAAGUCAGUACGGCAUUUAACACUAGGAGAUGUCAAUUUAACAGUCAAACGACCUCCACCUUACCAAUGGGACUCUCCUGCAGCAGAACAACUCUGGAUACCUCAAGAGCAAAAUUUGUUGCCUGGACCUCCAGGACCACCUCAUAAGCCACCACCAUUUAUACUUGGCCAAACACAGCACUUAGACAUGACCCGGCUACCUUUUGUCCUUUCAACAAAGCCUCCCCCUAGUCCCAGUUCUAUGACCCUCCCUUCAGCUUAUCAGUUAUCCCUUUCACCCUUCCCACCGGUGGUAGGUCAUGGUGGACCUCAACUACAGCCUUUGCAGAGUCCUGCACAACCAUGUGGCCCCAAUGACAUUGUAACAUCUAGCCCUUUCAGCCAACCAGACCCAACGUUAGUCCUACCCCCAGGUUAUCCCACUAAUUUGACCAAUCUAGGUUGUUGCACUCUGCCACCUAUGUACCCAGGGACAAGCUCCUGUAACAACCUUCAGCUGCAUCCAAUGAGCUUGCAUCCUUGGAGCACAUAUAGCACUUGCCCUCCCAUGCCAGACCAUUCUUCCACACUGCCUAGUAAGACCCAUCAGGCCCUGGAGAAGCCGGUUCUCUCUCCACCUCCACCACCUCCACCUCCCCCACCACCUCCUCCUCCACCUCCUCUCCCUCCCCCUCCACCACCUGUUGAACACCUGAAUCAUCAGAGCACCUCUGAGGUGGUCGCAGAAUCUGGGGAUAGCUUUCAGGAUCAGUCCUCUCUCAAUGAGAGUCCACAAGGAGCAGAGAGGUUCAGCAAAAAGGGGCGUAAGAGGCUUGACAGUAGGGCAGAAGAGGCCAACAUGUCUGGAGUCUCUGAAGGGAAAUCUAAAAAAGAAAGUCGCACACUCUCUGACUUCAAUUCCCUGAUCUCUAGCCCAAGACUUGGCAGCAGGGAAAAGAAGAAGCCUAAAGGACAGAAAGAGCCAUUGAACAAGGCCAAGAAACUGAGUAGGACCUCCAAUGAGUUCCAGGACAGCUCAGAAAGUGAGCCUGAGCUCUUUAUUAGUGGUGAUGAGUUGAUGAACCAAAGCCAGAGCAGCAAGAAAGGAUGGAAGAGCAAACGCAAUCUGCGUACGGCAAACGAACUUGAGGAAAUCAAGUGCCGCAAAGCUAAUGAGAGAGAGGAUCGUAGUCUUGGCAGCCAAGGCUUUGUUUAUGUCAUGGCCAACAAGCAGCCAUUGUGGAAUGAAGCCACCCAGGUUUACCAACUUGACUUUGGAGGACGGGUGACACAAGAGUCAGCCAAAAACUUUCAGAUUGAGCUUGACGGACGCCAGGUAAUGCAGUUUGGCAGAAUCGAUGGCAAUGCAUACAUCCUGGAUUUUCAGUAUCCAUUCUCUGCGGUACAGGCAUUUGCUGUGGCCUUGGCCAAUGUCACUCAGAGACUUAAAUAGAAAACCUCUCCAGCAAUCUUGUCCAUGAGAACAGAUGGACUGAAAAAGAAAUUAUUGUUGACUGCAGAUUGUGAGAAAUGUAACAGUCUCUGCUGCCAUGAUGUCUGUGCAGUGCCGGUUAGUAGCCGAGAGAUCUGGUCACUCUCAGGCAGAACGUACACGAGACGUACACAGGUGGUCUGACAGUAGAUUUAGUGCUUUAAAGUACCUUUUUGUUUACAGAGGUACAAGCUGAUUUAAGGUUCCACCUUAAAGGUGGUACACAUCUGAACAAAAAAAGUUAAGUGUUAUGUAUUGAUGGAAUAUUAUUUCAUUCAUGAAUUCAAUUUUAUUGAUUUUUUUUCCAUGUAUUUCAUUAAUGGUGUGAUUUAAAUGUAAAGGUAAUUACUCAAAUCUAAGAUGGACGUUAGAUUAUGGGCUUUAUUUUUUCCUUUGAUAUCCCCACCUCCUUUUUUGUUUAUUCCUGAGAUUUAUAUGUGCCAAAUUUAGAUUUCCUAUGUACAAUCCUUGUAAAGUGAUGGAUUUUUAACUAUUGUUUGUGGUCAGUAAUUCAAUGAAAUCUAGAGAGGAAAAAAAUGUUUGAAUAUUCAUCCCAUGACUCACUUCCAUGAAGUGAAAACCGAGAUAAUAUAUUCCAGUUAUCAUCAUAUUUUCCAAGUUGUGCCAUAAUGAAUGCAUUUUUUAUGGUUUAAAAAAAAAUCUAUUUAACUUUGUUCUUCACAAAAUGUCUUAGUUAUAUUGCAUUAUUUGCACACUGUGUUUUUUCAGUAAUCUCAGUAAUGUCCUUUUUGAACAAAUCUUUGCUUUUAAAUGUUAACAGUAAGUAACAGAAAUCAAAGUUUCAACAUUUUUUAAAAUUAGUUUCAAAUAUAUUAUAUUGUCAUUGUCAUGUAAGUGACAUGACAGAAGUGCUGUAGUUAGAUGUACUUAAAAAAUGUACUUAUAUUGUUCAUGACAAUUUAGCACGAACUAUAUAGUAUGCAUUAAUUUAGACAAAAAAAAAUGUCAUAUCAAUAUAUAAAUCAAAUUUAAUACACUGUAUAUUAUGCAAUGAAUGGAAUCUAAAUGAAAUUUAAAGUUGAUAUGUAGUUUUCGCAUUCCUAAGUUAAAUAGUCAACCCCAAUUGCUUAGUUUGGUUUAUGUGAAGAGACAUCUUUUAUUGUAUUCAGUCUAAUUUGCUUAAUAUUUAUUUUUCUGUAUUAAUAUUUAAUAUUCUGCAUCAUAUUUAAUAUUUCUUACAGCAAAUCAGCUAAUUGAUUUGUCUGUUGUUGCUUAGCUUCUGAUGUUUUCCAGUAAUUUCAUCAGUUUUAAUCACAUUUUUGUUGUAAGCCAAACAGUGGUUCAAAGUGGGGUAGUGUUGAUAUGGUUGACGUUUUGAGCACUUCAUAUUCUAGAUGUUGUAUGCUUUGAUGAUUUGCAGUUGCAGUUAUUUAUAGCCACUUUGUACUGGGAGAUUCAGGCCCAGUUUAAAUAAUGUGGAAUGUGAGGCUUUAACUGUGCUUUAUUGCUAAAUUAUUCUGAUGUACAUUUACAAAAUGUCUUAUAAGGGUGUCUUGAAAAAGCAUUAGAAUGUGUGUGCAGAGUAGGCUUUAAGUCACUAAAUAAAAUCAAACUAGUUUGAUGAAAA